AUGCAGAAAAGUCCGGGAUCAACUUUCCCUCCCUGGUCCCUCCUGGUGGCAGAAAUCUUGCUCCACGUCAGUUUGAGUCGAAUCGUGUCUGUCUUCGGCAUCGGCAGCAACAUCAUCAACAUCACCGUCUUCUGCAAGCAAGGCUUCAAGGAGACCAUCACAGUGGGUUUGGUAGGGCUUGCCAUCUCCGAUUUUGGAACCGUUGUUGGUGGUUUGGUUCUCGCCGAGUGUUUUAAUCCUCUUAUGCCGUACGAGGAAUGGCGGGUGAAAAACAGAGAGGUUCAGUAUCUGGCCGGGUCUUUUCCACGCGUAUGUUUCGCGCGUAUCACGGGCCUUAUCACCGUGUACAUCACUCUAGAGAGAUGUCUCUGUGUGGCCAUACCGCUUCAUGUGAAGAGAAUGUUAAAGCCAAAACGAACUUUUGUCACCGUUCUCUGUAUCUACGCUCUGGUCAUCUCCAGCAUAAUGCCCGUUUAUGUUGGGUACAGUUUGGAUUGGAAGUUCUCAACUCAAGACAACGCCACUGUUUUUGGCCUCGUCAUGUCUCCAAACGCCGCAGAACUAGAGAACAUCACGUAUAUUGCCACUGUGGUCCUUCAAAUGACGUCAUUCAUUUUGUUGAUCUUAUUAACCUCCGCACUGGUGAUUAUGCUGAAGAAAAAGUCGGAAUGGCGCAAGCAGACGAGUUCACUUUCAGAGAACAAAACGUCGACUUCCAAACGAGACAGAUCAGCAAUCAGACUUGUGGUCAUGGUCGCCU